GUGAAAGCAAACCAUUUCUACACAGGCACUGUCCGGGGAAUGAGAGCCCAACAUGACCGGUGGCCUCUAUGUUGUUGUUCUUUUUUCUCUACUCCAUGUCUCGCUGAGUGUGGAAAUGACAGGGUUAUACGGCACCUUCACCUCUCCCAACUUCCCCCAGCCUUACCCUGACAACCAGCACGUAGUGUGGAACAUCACUGUCCCAGAUGGCCACAGGGUCAAACUCUACUUUACCCACUUCAGCAUGGAACUCUCAGACCAGUGUGAAUAUGACUACAUCCAGGUUUUGGCAGAGGGGAAUGAAACCUUGCGGUUCUGCGGAGAGGAAGGGAAGAACCAUGAAAGCACCCCGAGGAAUACAAUCAUCCUGUCAGCCCGAAACCUCAUGUCAGUGGUCUUUAGGAGUGACUACUCUAACGAGGGACGAUUCACCGGCUUCCAAGCAUUUUACACCUCAGAAGGUGAUGCAAAAUACACUAAUAAUGUACUGACACAAGUCUUCUUCGCAGUGCCGUGCCAGAGCCAGGUGCUGACGUCUCCUUCGGGGGUUCUGAGUAGUCCGGGUUAUCCGAACCCCUACCCACCUAUGAGCCGGUGCAACCACACCAUCCGUCUGCCAGAGGGCUCCAGAAUAAUCCUGAACUUCCUGGAACCCUUUGACAUAGAAGGACAUCCAGAAGCCCCCUGUCCGUAUGAUAUGUUGAAGAUUUCAACAGCUGGAAAAGAGUAUGGGCCCUUCUGUGGCCCAACGCCGCCAGAUCGGAUUCACACGGGAAGUUAUGACGUGCGCGUUGAGUUCAGGUCCGACUCUAGUGGAAAAAACAAGGGAUGGAAGAUCAAGUACACCAGUACCGAGGCAGAGACCCUUUCUUUGACUUCAGACUGAUGGCACUACAGUUCAUGGACUCUGUUUCUAAUUGUCCUUAUUUUGUGUAAGAUCUUGCUAUUCUCUGUUACAUAGACAAAUAAAAAGAGAUUAAAAUAAAA